UAUAUGGAAGCCAAAGUUCGAACUGAAGUCCAUAAGGUGACGACGAAGGUCAACAGUCAUUACAAAAUCAAUGGACAGAGGAAGACUCCCAAGGAAGAGAAGCUAAGAAUGAAAGAAUGUGAGCAAGCAGAAAAGGACAGGCAGCUAUCAGAGGCAGAGGAAAAUGGGAAAUCGAUUAUGAAAGAAAUAGACACCGACAUGAAAUUGUUUCACGCUGCGGAAAGGUUGCGGCGGCGGGCAGAGGACUACUACAGACGCAAAAUCGCCCCUUCUGCAAGAAAGCCUCAUGCCAACUGGGUAAGUUUGUUUGUUUUCCUUGCUUUUGGACAUAGUCUGCCAGGUCAGGACAUGGAUGUGUUUUUCUGCCCACAGCUCUGUGCUCAAGCCUUGCAGAGGAAGAUGGCAGAGAGGAAGGCUGCCUCCAAGCAGCAAAGGUGUGAAAUGAGGGAAAACAGAGAGUGCCAGAGAGACACAUGCGUCGGGAGCCAGUCCAGGGACGACCGGGCCUAGAGAACCCUUUCUGGAGGGGUCAGAAUGGCUGCAGUGGAGCAUCAUCAUUCCUCAGGAUUGCCCUACUGGCCCGACCUCACAGCUGAAACUUUCAGAAAAA